UCUUGUAAGAAGGUUGUUCUUUUUGCUCUUUUUUUAUGUUCAUUUUCUACAUCAUAUUCGUUCAUACAUGAUCAUCUUCUAAUGUCUGAAUGUUACUUGUGCUCAUUUCAUACUUGAUUGUAGUGUUGUAUCUGAAGGAUAUGGUUGUUAUCUAUGGAGAAAUGCCAGACUCCACCUCUAGCUCUUUGUCAAGUCGAGACACAGUUAGUGAUAAAGACAGAGGUGGAAUAUAUAUGUGAUUUGGAUUUCUUCCCGUGACAUAGACGGAUCAACACAAGAGGAUUGUUUCUGUCAACUCAAGGCGACGGCAGCUGCCUUUGCAUGCAACCUGAGACACGCUGGUAAUCAUGUGUGCUUAGAGCACACACUAGGGGAGCCUGUGGGUCUUUUCUACAACUUCGUCUGAUCUGACACUUUGUCAGUCAUGGUUGCAGUUAGCAGGGAUGCAGCUUUACCUCAGGUGUCACAGUGGGACGUAGUCGUCUCUUCACCAUUUCAAAAAGGCACAGCAGUCAUGGAGACCUAAAUCCAAACCUGUUGAAGUCUUGUGAAGUGGAAAUAUCUUUGAGGCUGCAGGACUCUGGUUUAAAGAGAGAUAAAAAUGGCUGAAAGUCUCAAUUCUCCAAUGAUGGCAAAGGCACACUGGAAGAAACCCAACCAUACCACAGACUUAUUUGAAAUGAUUGAAAGGAUGCAGCACUCAUAGCCUCUCUCUCUACAUGAGAAGGAUAUUGAGUCUGGGCAACAGGAUGGAUGAGCAGAGAUGCACCUUGCCUCCCCCGCCACUCAAGACUGAGGAAGACUACAUUCCAUAUCCAAGUGUCCAUGAGGUACUAGGGAGAAAAAGCCCCUUUCCUCUCAUCCUCCUGCCGCAGUUUGGGGGCUACUGGAUUGAGGGGACCAACCAUGAGCUGAGUGACACAUUGGACACUGAGCAGCUUCAGCCUCUGUCUCCAAACACCCGCACCAAGCUGGAAUGUAACACAAUGGCUACAAUCUUCCGGAAACACUUCCUGGGCAAGGAACACUUUAAUUACUAUUCGGUGGACGGUGCCCUCGGACAUCUGGUGUUCUCACUAAAAUACGAUGUGAUUGGUGACCAGGAACAUCUUCGCCUCAUGCUCAGGACGAAGCUGAAAACCUACCACGAUGUGAUUCCCAUUUCCUGCCUGACAGAAUUUCCCAACGUGGUCCAAAUGGCCAAGCUCGUCUGUGAGGAGGUCAACGUGGAUCGCUUUUUCCCCGUCCUGUAUCCAAAAGCUUCAAGACUUAUUGUCACCUUCGAUGAACAUGUGAUAAGCAACAAUUUCAAGUUUGGGAUUGUCUAUCAAAAGUUUGGACAGACUUCAGAAGAAGAGUUGUUUGGCAACAGCGAAGAGAGUGCUGCCUUUGUCGAGUUCCUGGAGUUUCUGGGAGAGAAGAUUGAACUCCAUAACUUUAAAGGUUUCCGAGGAGGGUUAGACGUGACUCACGGGCAGACUGGCACAGAAUCUGUCUACUGCAACUACCGCAACAAAGAGGUCAUGUUCCAUGUGUCCACAAAGCUGCCUUACACGGAGGGGGACACCCAGCAGUUGCAGAGAAAAAGGCACAUAGGGAAUGACAUAGUGGCCAUUGUGUUCCAAGAAGAAAACACGCCCUUUGUACCAGACAUGAUCGCCUCAAACUUCCUCCAUGCCUACAUUGUGGUCCAAGUCGUCAACCCCUGCUCUGACAAUGUUCUCUACAAGGUGUCAGUGACAGCAAGGGAUGAUGUACCUUUCUUUGGCCCGGCGCUGCCAAACCCUGCAGUGUUUAAAAAAGGUCCUGAAUUCCAUGAAUUCCUUUUUACUAAGUUAAUCAAUGCAGAGUAUGCGUGCUACAAAGCAGAGAAAUUUGCCAAAUUGGAGGAACGAACAAGGUCGGCCUUGUUAGAGACCCUUUACGAGGAGCUCCAUUUGAACAGCCAGGCCAUAAUGGGAGUCGGAGGAGAGGAUGACAAACUGGAAAAUGGGAACGCAGGAGGAGGGGGCUUCUUUGAGUCCUUCAAGCGAGUGAUCCGCAGCAGGAGCCAGUCUAUGGAUGCCAUGGGUCUUACUUUCAAGAAGCCGCACACAGUCUCCACUAGCCUGAGCGGCAACUUUAACCACAACCCCGCAGAGAGCCCCAAAUUCCCAGGGAUAUCAUUGCUUGUCCCAGGCAAAAGUCCCAGUAAAUAUGGACGCCGAGGCAGUGCCAUAGGGAUAGGAACAGUAGAAGAGUCUUUGAUUAUCCCUGGGAAAAGUCCGACCCGAAAAAAGUCAGGUCCUUUCAGCUCCAGGCGAAGCAGUGCCAUCGGCAUUGAAAACAUUCAAGAAGUCCAGGAGAGAAGCAGCAGAGAUAAUUCCUCAAAUACCCAGAAGACCCCUGACAGUGGUCACGUCUCUCAAGACCCCAAAUCUGACAACUCAUCCAAUCAGAGCUCUCCUGAGGUGCUCACGACCACCAAAAACAGUUCUCAUCUCAGUGGCAGGGCCCCAUCCAUCCCUGAGGGUCACGACCUUUCCCGCUCGUCCUCCAACGCUAGCAGCUUUGCCAGUGUGGUUGAGGAGAAUGAGACAGAAGCUACAGAGGACUAUGACACUGGCAUGGAGAGUCUAUCAUCUGCCGGGACGCCACACAAGCGAGACUCCCUCACCUACAGCACAUGGCUGGAGGACAGCAUCAACAGUAGCAUCAGUCGUGGCAGCUCCCCAGGGCCUGGGAAACCUGAUCGGGGGAAGGGUACAGACGUUCGUAUUAAACUGGAAAGAUCACAGGAUCACCAGUCCUCAUCAAACUGUUAGCUCCACCCACCUAGGUGUAUCUUGGACCUCCAUCUUCAGCAUUCCCAUAAGUCACAAUCCCUCUGGGAGACGAGACAAGUGCAGGCAUUCGCCGUGACCAGUAAUGAGAAGUAUGAGAAAGUGGAGAAAGCGCUGGUGGAGACUGGCCAGUCGAGUACUCAGUGGAGCCAGAGUGCAGCAUAUCCAGAACCCUGGAGGACACUGGAGAGGAUGACGCACAAAGAUGGCCAGCUUUUUGCACAGUGUUGUUCCCUUUCACUCUAUUCUUUCCCCGUUCACACAUCUGUUGCCUAGUUGAAUGUUUUUUUAUACCUGACCUUUGUUUCGAAAGUGCACAUUUUAUCUACAAAUGUAAUUGUUUUAUUUGUAAGAGAUGUUACUUUACUUUUAGUUUAUCUUGUUAAGGCCUGGGUGUGCUGGUUGAACAAGGUAGACACAGUGCCAUUGUUCUCUCUGAGGAGACUACGAGAAGGACGGUUGGUGAUGAAUAUAUUAGCAUCAAAGAUGAUUAUUUUCAAACAAAAUAUCCAACAUGAUAUUGAAGUGUACCGCUGAAUGCGGUCAAAAUGUGAUUAUUUCCUGGAUAAAAUCCAAACAUAAGUAUAGUGAAGCUGCAGCAGAACAAACACUCCUUUUUUCUCUCCUUCUUGCUUCCCAUGAGGUUAACUUUUUAAACUUCACACCACAGGUGACAUUAACUGUAGCAGUGCAUCAUAGAUAAACUAAAUUGGCCUUAACACUUAAACUCCUUGUUUCCCUGUACUUCAAAUUUAUUUUACCUCUCUUUCACACAACAUGUUCUGCAGAUAAUAGUGGGACAGCAGUAUUAGAUGAAAUGUAAAAUAUAUUCAGAAACUUAAAAAAACAACACUAGUUUCUAUAAAUAAAGUUGUACCUCAGCACCGUCUGUAUAAUCUGCUGAGGUACGGAUAUAUCCAAUCAUGGUGAUUUAACCGCUUUGUCUGUCCUGUCGGUUGGUGCAGAGACCAAUGUCAACAUUAAGUUCUGUUUUUUUCCUCCCUAUUGUGUGUUUUUAUUUAUUGAUUUGGUUCUUGAUGAAGUGGCAUUUAUGUCGUACCUCUGUUAUACUGUACCUCACUGGUGAAUACAUUCAACAACUGUCAUAUGCUUAUAUUGUAUGUGUUGCUUUGAUGUAAAUAACAAUGUCGCCAUCUGUAAAGCUGUUUCCGGGGUCAGAUAUCUUUCAGUGCAGUAAAUUUGCAAUGCAAUUGUAAUACAACAGUGAAUAUUUAUUUGCUUUGAAAGUGAGAACUCCAACCAUGACUACUGAUUUUGUAAAUAGAUAUUUAGUUAGAGUACAUAGCGUAUAAUGUAUAGGCUGUUGAUUUUAAAUGGGACUGACCAACACCUUACAAUUACUGCCAAAUUAACAAUAUACAGUUGUUUUAUUUCUCGUGUCCUUAAUUUUAAAUAUUAUUUUGAGAGAGUUUUAUAGAAUAAAUUUAUUUUAAAUUCUAUUCAGACUGUUCUGAAAAAAAAAGGGAAAUAUCUCACAGUGCAUCCUGCUGAUCAUUUCAGUUGCCUUAUGUCACGAACGGACGGUGUAAGUAUAGGUAGGGAAGCAAAUAGCUCAUUGGCAGCAGGAUUUACAAUGAAAUGAAUGUUUUGUCUUGCUGUUUUUAUUGUAAAUAAAUGCCCUGAGAACUUUA